ACACAACACAUCCCCAGAAACACAAUCUCAACAGUAUAAUGAAGCCUGUCUUGUUUUCCCUCUUCGUUCUCCUUGCCUUCUCCUCCUCUUCAGCCACAUCCAAGUUUGUCCUUGACAGUGAGGGCAACGAGCUUAUCAAUGGUGGCACAUACUACAUCCUUCCACAUAUCUGGGCUUUAGGUGGUGGCUUAAGGCUCGCCAAGACCGGAAACGAAACUUGCCCUCUUAGUGUUGUGCAGUCACCCUUUGAAGUCGACAAUGGCUUUCCUUGGACAAUUAGGUCCCCAUUAAAAAUUAGAAUCCUCCCAUUGGACUCUAAUGUUGACUUCUUCUCAGUUAAGGGAAAAGUACCUUCCUGUGUUCCUAUACCGUCGGUGUGGACUAUGGUUGAAGAAGAUGGGCUGAAGUCUGUGAAAAUCGCCGAGUAUGAGAAAGCUCAGGAGGGUUGGUUCAGGAUUCAACAAUAUACUAGUAUCGCGUACAAGAUUGUGUUCUGUCCCAUUAAUGGUGAUUCUUGUAGAGAUCUUGGCAUUUCCAGAGGCAAUGAUGGAAAAUCGCUUUUAGUUAUCACUAAUGACACCCCUCUUUAUGUUGUGUUCAUCAAAGCUGAAUCAUCUGAUGCACGGAGAGCCUCUAUUAUGUGAAGUGUAAUCGACUAUGAAUAAGUAAUGUGCAGGGUUACGCUUGUAGUAAUUUCCUUGCACUUUGUGAUAAUUAUAUAAAAUUACGCUUCAAGUGUG